AUGGAGACGCAGCUGAAGGAGUACGAGCGCUUGGGCGAGAACUGGGAGGGCUCCCAGGCACGGCUCAAGGAGAAGGUCACCAAACUGGAGCGGGAGCAGGAGCUGCUGAUGGCCAAGCGGUCGCUGGAGACCCGCCUGGAGGAGGUGCAGCGGAGCCUGGCCCGGCUGACGCAGGAGCACCAGGAGCUGAGCGCAUCCUACCAGGAUGAGCAGCGGCAGAAGGAGCAGCUCAAGCGCGCAAAGAGCGAGCUGGAGGAGCAGAAGCGCCUGCUGGACCGCACCACCGAGAAGCUGAACAAAGAGCUGGCGCAGAUGACGGAGGAGUCGCACAGCUCGCUGGCCGUGCUGAAGUCGCAGCUGGAGGAGUUCAAGGAGAAGUCGCGGAAGGAGAUCACGGACUCCCAAAAACAAGCCAAGGAUCGGGGCGCCGAGGUGGAAAAGAUGCAGUUCAGCGUCGCCCGGCUGAAGCAAGCGCUGCAGGACAGCCAGGCGGAGCGGGAGAGCGUGCUGCUGGAUAAGGAGGUGCUACUCCAGCGCCUGCACAACCUCGAGCAGGAGAUGGAGACCAAGAAGCGCUCCCAGGACGAUCGCUCGCGGCACACCAAGGCGCUGGAGGAGAAGUCCAAGCGCCUGGAGGUGGAGCUGGACGAGGAGAGGACCACGGUGGAGCUGCUGACGGAGAGG